GGCACUGCCCCCGCCGCGCAUUGCUUUCAUCAUGAGCUCCGAGUUAAAUGUCCCGGCGGAUCCUGCCACUUCUGCCUGCAGCUCUGAACCUGGCACAAAGGGCAUGGAUUAUCGGGACUGGGUCCGGCGUAGCUAUCUGGAAUUGGUCACUUCAAAUCAUCACUCUGUUCAGGCCCUCGCAUGGAGAAAACUGUACCUGAGCCGAGCCAAGCUCAAAGCGUCCAGCAGAACGUCUGCUUUGCUCUCUGGAUUUGCUAUGGUUGCUAUGGUGGAGGUGCAACUAGAGAUGCAGUAUCAGUACCCCCAAAUGCUGCUGAUUGCGUUCAGUGCCUGCACAACAGUGCUGGUAGCAGUUCAUCUCUUCGCCCUUCUCAUCAGCACCUGUAUACUACCUAACGUGGAAGCGGUGAGUAACAUACACAACCUAAACUCCAUCAGCGAAUCCCCACACGAACGCAUGCAUGUCUACAUAGAGCUGGCCUGGGGUUUCUCCACAGUCUUGGGAAUCCUCCUUUUCCUCGCUGAGGUGGUGCUUCUGUGCUGGAUAAAAUUUCUGCCUGUGGACUCCAUUAUGAAAAACGAGACUACCGUCAUCCAAAAGCCCAGCGGCCAUGUGGGCUGGCAAGCAGCUCUGGUCUCCACCAUCAUCAUGGUGCCAGUGGGUCUGAUUUUUGUUGUUUUCACCAUUCACUUCUACCGUUCUCUGGUGCGGCACAAAACGGAGCGACAUAACCGGGAGAUUGAAGAGCUUCACAAACUGAAAGUGCAAUUAGAUGGACAUGACAGAGGGUUGCAGGUAGUGUGA